CCCGCCCCGGCCCUUCCCCCGACCCGCCCCCCGCCGCGCCCCGGCAGCCGGGGCACCGGCCCAGCCUCAUUCAAACGGCGGCAGCACCCGGCAGGCGCGCCGGCUCUAGAGCGAAGGAAGAACAGUCUUGCAGUUGGUAGAGUGUGUUAAUUGAAAGCAUGUUGGCUACUAAGCUGUCCCGGCCCCUCCUGAACUUCUCUGUGAAAGCCCUGAAUUUCAAGGACCCAGGGAAUGGCCUCAGACCCAUGCAAAGGUUUUGCCUCCCUCUCUUGUCCUCAUGUGGCAGCCGCUCUUAUGCAAGUGAAGUUGAUCAGAUUGGCAGCAGAGCUGUGCUUAUAACAGGUUGUGACUCAGGCUUUGGAUUUGUCUUGGCCAAGCACCUGCAUGCCAAAGGCUUCGUUAUUUACGCUGGCUGCUGCAAAAGGCCUGUUGCAAGCGUGCGGGGGAUUGAGGAAGGCAGAGGUUAUCUGAGCAAGCCCAGCAUGCAAGACCAGUUACUAGUCCAACUCUCGGCCAGGAUCCCGGCCUCAAGGGUCCCUGUCCAAGCACCCAGCUGCAUGUGGGUGGAGGUCAGGAGGGAUGUUGGCUUUCUGAGCCGACCCUUAAGGGAGGAAGAAGAGGAUGUUGUGAAGGUCCCAGACAAGGGAGAAGGUGGGUCCAAGGAACUGGACAGCAUGAACAGUGAUCGAAUGAGAACUGUCCAGCUCAAUGUCUGUGACAGCAAAGAAGUGGACCGAGCAGUGGAGCAUGUGAGUAGCAGCCUGGAGGACCCAGAGAAAGGGCUCUGGGGACUAGUUAACAACGCUGGGAUCUCCACAUUCGGGGAAGUUGAGUUCACCAGCAUGGACACCUACAUGGAGGUAGCUGAAGUGAACCUGUGGGGGACUGUGCGAACCACCAAGGCUUUCCUCCCGCUCAUUCGGAGGUCAAAGGGUCGUGUGGUGAACAUCAGUAGCAUGAUGGGCCGCAUGGGCAGUCCUGCCCGCUCGCCGUACUGCAUCACCAAGUUUGGCGUGGAAGCCUUCUCUGACUGCCUGCGGUACGAAAUGCAAGCCCCAGGGGUGAUGGUCAGCAUCGUGGAGCCUGGCAACUUCAUAGCUGCCACCAACCUGUACAGCCCUGAGCGCAUCAAAGCCAUCGCCGAAAUGUGGGACGAGCUCCCUGAGAUAGUGCGCAAAGACUAUGGCAGGAAGUACUUUGACGAGCAGGUCAGCAAGAUGGAGACGUACUGCAACAGCGGCUCCACAGACACCUCGCCAGUCAUCGAGAGCGACCACGCGCUCACCUCCACCACCCCCUACACCCGCUACCACCCCAUGGAUUACUACUGGUGGCUGCGCAUGCAGAUCAUGACGCACAUGCCAGCUGCCAUUUCCGACCGGCUCUAUGUCUACUGAGGCUGCCCAGGUGGGAAAUCCAUUGUAAAGAGAGCAUUGUACACACUUCCCAUUAGUCCUUUUAAAGUUUUUCUAACCUCAUUUCAGAGUACUGUAUUUUAGCUCUAAAGGGUUCUUUUAAACAUCUGACAUAACCUAAAGGGCAAUAAUUUGCAAGGAAUGCUUCGUAGGCAGGAAUCCAUUAUGUUUGUGCAGGGACAUUGAUUCUUUGCUAUUUAUUUCAUGUAAUCCUUUUUUUUUUUUCUUUUUUGCACCUCAAUUUCCAAGUUACAAUCAUUAUUUAAACUGCAAUUGCUUUGAAAUGUUUUCAGAAUAAUUUUUUGCUGAUGGCCAAACACAGUUUUCACAAUUCCUGCCUAAGAUGCAGCCUUCACACUAUAAAACAGUGAUUUGCCCUCCAUGCUGUAAUGGCAAAUCACUGCCUCCUGAUGACAAAGAUGACAACAGACUUUUCCAGGCCUGGUCACAGUAGCCCAAGGCAGAGCAGAGACUUCUUUAAUUUGGGAUCAGAAUUCAAAGUGCUGGAGGUGCUGAAACUGAGCAACUGACCCUGUCCAUUUUUCUCUUAGAAUUAUAUUGAAACCUUAGAGAAAAGGAACCAGUCUGCUUUUCUUGCAUGCAUCCAGGGACUCAAUCCUGCAGACCUUUCCCCCAGGACUUUCUUACUCACAUGAGCAUUCCCCUGAGUGUGAGCAGCUUCACGCACAGGACUGCAGGCAUCAGGAUUGGCCUGUAGUAACACUUCUCAAACAGUCAUUGUGCAUCAGCUCCAGGCUUAGUUUGGAGAAGAGUUUCACUCAGCUCCUAUCAUUUGUGAGGGUCACCGCUGAGCAGAGGGAAGCAGAGAGGGUUAUAGCCACAUAAGCCAUGCCAUUCUUACCGGGGACCUCGGCGUUACACUGAAGUAUUUGUGCAGCACCUGCACAGGAGAGCCUUAACCCUGACUGGGACUUUUAGGUGCUAUUAUGGUGCAGGUGAUGAUAACAACAGUAACUUUCAUUGAAGGAGUCACUGAGCUGAAAUGCAUCUAACGUAAAUCUAACAGAACGUCCAUGACAAUAACAUUAAGAGCAGUUUCAUUUCCAUGAUGGUUGUUUACAUGUCUGAGAAACAUUCAUUUUGUACUGUAAGAAAAGAAAAAGAAAAAAAACCCCAUAAACCAUAAAAGAGCCUUUCAUGGGGAAUGCAGAAAGAAUUUUUUUUUUUAAGCUUGGAAGACAAAAAUAAAAAGAAAUUAAAAUGACCAUUGUUAGUGAGGUUAAAAAGAAGGGAUCUCACGUGCUUUAGUAACAUAUUGUGACAUGAUCAAACUGCUUUGGCUUAAUAAAUGUAUACAUGAAUGGUAACAAAA